AUGGGAAACUCGGUCUCGAGAGACACCACCCCAGACCUGGCCUUCGUCAAGAACGCGCCGGGAGCGGAGUGGCACAACUUACAAGAGAACCUGGGAAGUGACCACUACAUCGUAGAAAUCACCCUACCGGUCAGCGCGGCCCCACAGAGGGCUUUCCAAAUAGUCGACUGGGACGCCUUCCGAAAGAGAAGGAAGGACGACCACGAAAAAUACGAGUCGUUUGCGGACCUCGUAGCGCAGCUCAAGAAGGACGUAGCUGCGGUCACCAGGACCGUCGAAACGGACCUCAAGGUCGACCGCAUGGACGCCCGGUUGGCGCACCUGCUCGAAGCGAAGAAUUCCCUCACGGCCAGAUGGAAGACGCAGAAGCUGAACCGCAACCUCCGGAGGAGAAUCGCGGCUCUCAACCGCGAGAUCGAAUCGCACUGUAAAGAGCUCGGCCAGCAGCAAUGGAACGAAGUUUGCGCGUCGGUCGACGGCCAGAUGCGUGCGGGAGGCAAGUGGAAUCUCCUCAAGCAGUUAUUGGACGACAAGCAGUCCAAGAGAAACCACACUCUGGCCAUCGACAGGCUGGUCCACAAGCUCAAUAGCGAAGGCGCAUCUACGAACGAAGUGAUGGACGAAGUAGCGCGUCGCUACCUCCCCAUCGGGCAGUCCGAGCCAGAUGAUUACCCGGCCUAUGGCGGCAAGGCGGACGAGGAGCUCGACUCCUCCUUCUCCGUCUCGGAGGUCAGAGCGGCCCUUCAAAGCCUCAACGGAAGAUCGGCGCCCGGGCCGGAUGGAAUCUCGAACAGACUCCUUCGAAAUCUGGACGACGGCUCGAUCGAACUGCUCACCAAAGAAAUCAACGAUGUCUGGGAGGCCGGCAUCGUACCGGAUGCCUGGAAGGAAGCCACGGUAAUCCUAAUUCCGAAGCCGGGCAAGACACCAGCCAUAGACAGUCUGCGACCCAUUUCGCUCACGUCUUGCGUGGGCAAGGUGGCGGAGCAUGUCAUCCACAACAGAAUAUCGAGGCAUAUCGAGGAACGACACCUCCUCCCGCCGAAUAUGGUCGCCUUCAGACCCUCGCUGUCCACUCAAGAGGUCAUGCUGCUGAUCAAGAGGCAGAUAGUCGACGUGGUCACGAGAGACGUCCGAGGCAUCUUGGCGCUGGACGUCGCCAAGGCCUUCGACACGGUCAAACACAAGCACCUCCUCGACUCUGUGACGAGACUGAACCUUGGCGAACGUUUUCACGCGUACGUGAGCUCUUUCCUAAGAGAUCGCAAGGCCACGAUCAAGUUGGGCCAGAUCAAGUCGGAUGGAUACGUGCUGGGAGCCUGCGGCACGCCGCAGGAAUUCCUCGAGGGCACGGGGCUGGUCCUCUCGCCGACCAAGUGUGAACUCUUGCUGUAUCGGCCCGACAGAAAAGGCCGCAAGUUCGACACGACGCUGGACCAGGUACCGAUCGAACUCAGAACGAAGACGGGCCAGCGCAUCCAGAGGGUGGAUUCUCUCAAGGUGCUCGGACUAGUCCUCAAUGCAAAGGGCAGCAACGCGCAGACGAUCGCGCGCCUGAGCGCGAAGACGGAGAACAAUGCGUCCAAACCACGUAUAGAUAACGGAGCAGCUGAGAAGAAUGCCGUGGAUGGAGAAUGGCCACCACUGCCAAGGAUAAGCCCUGUGGAAAAACUCCAACAAGAACAGGCACCACAAUGCACCACAACUCACCGAGAUGAGCUGACAGAGCAUGACCACUGA